CUACUCUGCCUCAACCAGCCCUGGCGUCUCCGUCGUGACUUGUGACCUUUUGCUUCCACGCAUUUAGCAUCCAAGCACCACCGUCCGCGCGCCCUUAUCCGAGUGCAUCGAGCUCUUUCCUGCCGCAACUGCUUUUGACGAGUCGCAUAUUUCCAAGUCUCCGCUGACUGGAAAUUGGAACUUUCCUUCUUGUCUACCGCUCUGCGUGAUCACUGCUUUUCUUCGUGCGCAGCAAGUACCUGCUUGCUGACGUCGACGCCUUCGGGAAGAAGGUGCAACUUUGCAGACGCGCCUUCCUGGCCUGACGUCCUUGACUUGGAACACCACCCCGUCUCCGUGUUGGCUCUGGUGCGAGACAACGAUUGUCAUCCUUCUCACUAACUGUCGUUUUCCAUCAUUUUUCUUUUCUUUUCCCGAGGGACAGCAUUAGACGGCACUUGGUCUUCGAACCACCAUGGUAAGCUGAUAACAAAGGAGGAACAUCAGACAUGGGGAGAGAGAAGAAACCACACCCCGGCCCGGGUACCACGGCCAAGGACCGCCAUCGCAAGGCUGGCAAGAUCAAUAAAGCGAUUGACCGAAGCCAACCGCUGCCGCCAGGACUCGUCGCCGCGAAGCCGGUCACUGUGGUCAGCAACAGCAAACACCAGUCAUAUUUCGAGUUCAUCGAGAACAAAGACAAGAAGAAGCCUUUGCUCUUCCAGAUUACAACGAAUAAAACCCCGCCUCCCGGGAUGAGGCAUAUCCCCCUUGGCAAUCCUGAACUGACCGAACGAUGCAAGGACAUCUCGAGAGAGACGGGGGCCUCGGUCUACAUUGUGACCAUGGCCAAGAACAACGCCUCGGACUUGAGCCAACAAAUACACCGCGUCGGACACCAUAUUCGCGAGUAUAUCGUGGACAGGGCGCUAGAGGAAUUAGGACUGGACAGUGUCAACGAGCCGGAACUCAUAGGUCAAGGCGACGCUCAGGUUGAGAAGAUUCCCGAGAAACAAAACGACAUCGACAAGCAGGCAGACGCCGCCCUACGAGAGCUAUUCCCUCGCAUUCCGAAUACCGAUAGGCAGCAGAUCAUCGAUCAUGCCUUCCAGAAGGGAACAAAGUUCAAAGGCGACCUAGUCGUAGGGCUCCAGCAGGAACUAUCACUGUCGCGGCGAGUGCAGCUUGCCGUCCUGGCACACAUUCGGCAUAACCAUACCAGAUAUGACCAGCUUCUUAGGGAGACAACCUGGCACAAUGCCAGGCGAGUGACAGAGCAGCUCUGUCUUGACUUUCUCGUCAAGUGGCGAGGCGACGACGAGAAUGGCCGCGACCAGCUUGACGAAAUUCUUCGCGAGGUAGUGGUUCUCUCCGAUGAUUCUGACGAGGAGGACUCGGACGAGGAGCCUGAUUCCGACUCGUCAGAGGUACUCAUCACCAGGUCCAACAACAUUGGCAGAUUGUCGACACCGGCCGUAGCCCAGAACGUCGCUAACCGCGAUAAGCGCUUGUCGACAGCGAUACCAUCGCAUCCAGGAUCUCCGAUGCUUAUUGCCACGCCCGGGAUGUCCAGGAGGGCUUACAAAAAGGCACGCAGACGGGCCAAGCAUCGUGAGCGUAACUUCAGUCGUUAUGAGGCUGCUGCAAACGCUGCCUGGGAUAACGCCAGACAGCGGCAGCGCGGGCCUGAUGAUCGCAUGAACCAGGCGGGCAGCUCCGUUAGUCACGGAGCGCAUCAACAGGGUCCGCCUGUUGAAUUCAUCGAGAACAGAGCCCCCAUGGAGCAUAUCAAUCAUGCGGGUUCGCAGAUGAGGCUGCCUCCUGCACCCCCCAACCACGCAGGUGCCCGCGCUCGAGAGAGCCACCAGCUGCAAGAUUUCCUCCACCCUUCCAUUGAGCCAAGAUCCCCUGACGGCGUGAGAUCACCAUCACGCUAUUCCCGUGGCGUGGUGGAAUUCACAGACCGAAGAGGUGACGAGCUAUACCCGCGUCUGAACUCCCCUCCCCGUGGCCCACUGGUACGAGAGGAGCGCUAUGUCCAUCAAGCCCCCCCCAUUCACCAAAGUCAUCCCAUCCAUGCGAGACCUUUGCGUGAUGGCCAGGACGUUGUUCCGCCGCCUGAAUCAUUAUAUCGCAAUGUGCCACAGGAUUCCCAUCGGCCACUUGUGUAUCAGCAGCCCGUGCGAGACCAUGGCCCUUCCCGACCUCAGAUUUACGCUGACAGAACCAUCCACCGAGAAAACAACCUGAGACGACGUCAAGGCAGUGUUCCAGGAGAGAGAGCCAAUCCCAUUAUGAUUGAGGAUCACAAUGUUCACCAAGGUACAGUCGUUCUUGGCACAGGCGAAAGCGUCCGGGACAGAUUUGGCCCCAAUGCUGAGAUUCUCGCUGUCCAUCGCCCUGGACGUGAUCGUGGCCAUCGUGGCCCGGAUUCACAACGUUUCAAUUCAAUGGAUGAAGGCUUCAUUCGCUUGCGGGAGAACAAUAUUGAUCAGCGGAACGGAUUGGUAGAGGAGGGCUUCCUCCGGCUUAGAGAGCGCCCUGUCGUCGAUCCCAGACAUUCUGCAUGUGGCAUUGAUGGACGUUCUCGUCUCGAUGACCACCGGGCUACACACCAGCCACAGCCUUACCGACCAGCUGAACCUUCAGGGCAAGCUAUCUACGUUAGGCGCGUGGAGAGACCGCCGCGAGCUGAUGUAUCCUAUCCGGCGCACAGCUAUGAACGUGUGGAAGCGGUCAGAAAUGACAGCCUUGCUCAGCGCGGAGUCCCGUCGCCCACGUACGGCGGAGCGUAAGUCAAGUACCAAGAGCACUCGAAAUCUAGCAACUAAC